CCACCAGCAGUGUAGGAGGGUUCCCUGUUCUCCAUUCAAAGUACUCUUUGUUUUUCCUUUGUAAAACUGGUCAUGAUUGUAAAUCAAACAAGUGUUUGUCUAGCAGUUUUUUAUAUGUAUUUUGUUUUUUACCCACAAAUAUUUGUAUUUGAAAAUAAAAGGACUUAAAAACUGUUAUUUAUUAAUUUACAUAGAAUAAAUUUGACUUUUUUGGGGGUAUACACUACUGUAAAUUUUCACACAUGUAGAUUUGUGAAAACAUCACCACAGUUAGAAUACAAGGAAUAAUUUUAUCACCUGAGGAAACUCCCUUCUGCUAUAUGCUUUAGGAAAGUCAUCUUCCCCUUGACCCUUAACUCCUGGCAACCACUGAUCUGUUCUCUUUCACUAUAAUUUUUUCUUUUUGAGAAUGUCAUAUAAAUGGAAUCAGGCAGUAUAUAUCCUUUUGAAGCAUAAUGUCUUUUAAAUCCAUCCAAGCUAUUGUGUAUGUUAUUAGAAUGUUCUUAUUUUAUUGCUGAGUAGUAUUCCAUUGUAUGGAUGUACCACUUCAGCCAUUGAAGGACAUUUGGGUAUCUAGCACAUUUUUUUUGGGCCACACUGUGGGGCAUGUAGUUCCCUGACCAGAAAUUGAACCUGCACCCCCUGCAUUGGAAGGUGGAGUCUUAACCACUGGACCACGAGAGAAGUCCCUCUAGUACAUUUUAAUGACUUUCUCAGUAAGUUCCAUGAGCAUGACAGCCUGGACUUGUUAGCAUGUGUCCUCUCUCUCUCUUUCCGUAUCUUAUUCUCUCUGUCUCUAUGUGUGUGUAUACAGACAUUACACACAUGCACCAACACACACACACCAACCAUACAUGGUGCUUUAUUUUUGAACCAUUUGUGUAAAUUGCAUCAAUCAUGGCCUUUUACUCCUAAAUACUUCAGCUUUUAGUCGUCAUGUCUUUGUAGUCUCUUUUACACUGUAAUGUCAUUUCCUGAGUCUUUCUCACUUACAACUAACAUUUUUGAAAAAUACAGUUCUACUCUGUCUCCUUCUCUCCCUUUCUUUCUCCCUUACUCUCUCCCAGAAUGUUCCUCAUUUGGGGUUUGUCUCAUAUUUCCUCAUGGUUAGAUCCAAGUUAAUCAUCCCUGGUUGGAAUAUUACAUAAGCAAUGUGUCCUUCUUGAAAUAUCGCAUCUAGCAGUAUGUGGUGUCUACCUGCUUCUCAUUAAUCAUGUCAAUUCUGGUCAAGGUGUUGUCCGAUUUCUCCGCUGUAUGAUACUUUUUUUUUGUUUUUCCUGGCAACUGUUAAGCAAUCUGUAUUGAGUUACUGCUCCUCAUUAAAAUUUUCCCCUACAUUGAGCAAAAUGAUAAUAUUUUUAUUGUUACUGGACUAAUUUUUAUUGUAAACCCCAUUUCAAGUUUUCAUUCUUUUGAUUUUAGGAUCUAUAAGUAAUUUUUAAGAUCCAUAAUAAGGUCAGUAACUGCUAUUGUAAACCAUUCUUUAGAUGUAAACCCAUCUUGAUUGGUUUAUACAUAGACGCUAUAUGUCUAAGUAAUGUAGAUGGCAUAUAUGUAAAAGAUGGUAAUAGAACAGUUUUCCUCUUAUUUUUGUAUUUUUGUACUUGUGAUGGAAUUGCUGAAUGGAAAGGAAAUAGAUAUGUGUUGAAACUUAAGGCAUGAGAUUAUUUAAAGAUAGAGGUAGUACAAAAGAAGGUUUAGCAAUAAGAAUGAGAGAGAAAUAAUUUAGUGAGCCAAUCUCCUGGAAAGAAGAGGGAGGAUGCCUACUUAGGAGGCUUAGUGUUCAGAAAUAGUUCUAUUGAAUAUUAGUAGGAAUGAGAAAAGGGAUACGAGGAAUCAUUUUGAUGUAUUAUUCCAGAGCAAAUUCAAAAUGUCACAAUUCAGUUGGGGAGAAUUAUUGUGCAUUGGAGAUAUAUGAAGAUUUUAUUAAACAUGUUAUAGAACUUAAAGCUCAUGAGAGGAUUUAAAAUUAUCUAAAUAAUACAGAUUACUGUGAAAUGCAAGUAUUUAAAGCACAGGGAAAUGUACACUCCGGUAAGUGCAGUGGGAAGCUGGGAAACUUGAGUUCUUAUCUAAACCUUGAGUGGGCAAUUUUGCCACUAAUUAGUGAUGUGCUCAUAGCAAGAAAGAUGCAGAGGUCUCUGGAUUCUUUCCCUGCAUCAACUUUUUUCAUGUUUUGAUUUCUGCGGUCUUCUUUAGUAGUGAUCACUUGUGUCUAAGAGCAGCACCUCCUAGAUGAACAGAUAUUUACUUCAAGAUCUAGUAAGAAUAAAUAUUUUUGUCUGCUUUGGAUAUUUCUAGAACAGAGGACAAAAUUAAUUAAUGAAUGUUCUGAUCUUGUUACCUUGUAGUUUACCCUCUUUAAAUUUUAUUUUGAUUUCAAUGGACCAAUUUCUCUGACUUUUUCUAGACUGUAGGAGAGUAAAAAGUUUUCCUUGACUCUCUUAGGGUCCCUAGCUGGGUCUGAAAAUUAAACUGAGAAAGACAAGACAACAGGAUUAAAGCAUACAAAUUUAAUGUACAUUUUACAUGUCAUGGGAGUCUUCAUAAGGAAAUGAAGACUCAAAGAAACUGUUAAACCUGUGUUUGAUGUAGAAUGGCAAGUCAUGGAAAGAUAUGAUAGGGAAAAGUGUAUGAGGUAAGUAUAAUAAACCAGGGGAAAUUUUACAAGUCCCAUUUGUUUGGAUUCUUCUGAGUCCUCUUGUCUUUGGAGAUAAGGAUUCCUCCCAUUAUAGGGAGGGCAGUUCUCACUUGCGGGUUUAAUGACUUCUUUCAGGGGACAAGGGCAGGGAGUAUGGGGGUGUGGCUGGGGGUGGGAGAGGUCAGAGAGAGAACUUCCUGCUCAUGCUGUAUGCUCAGACUCUUUCAGCUUAAAGUAUUCAGUAUGCCAAGGUGUAUAUUUUGGGGUAUCGUGUCCUGAACCCCAUCAUAAUUCUUUAAGUUGUAUGACACAGUUGAAAAAAAUCUGUGAGACGUAUCUCAUUAUGAUUUGUAUGUUAUUGAAAAUAUGAAACAAAAUGAACUUGAAAAACCUAGCUCUUGUUCCAUCUUUACCUCUAAUUUAUGUCAUUUCUCUGUCAUUUGGUUUUUUGGUUGUUGUUUUCUAAUUUCUGUGUUUAUAAAAUAGCAGUAACAAUAACCAGCCACAAAGGAUAGCUGUGAGAUUUGUAAGUCAUUUUGAUAAAGAUCUGUUAUCUAGUAUGCACCUCUGAUUUUUUAUUGUAAUUGAAAGAAAGUGCUGGGUAUUAUACAAAAUAUUAAUAUGGAAAUAAUUUAUAUUAUUAUCUGAAGUAGUUGUCUUGAUGUGAAAUAAAGCUGCUUUAAUAUCAAAAGGGAGUUAUAGUAUACAGUUAUAUAUAUUAUUACUGAUAUUUUAAGUGCACUGUCAGGGUAUUAGUAAUAUUAAUAAAUGUCAGAAUUAGAAAGUCUAAGCAGUCAGGUUUUUGGAAAAUUAAUGACUAAACAAUGUAUAAUAUAUAGUUUAUAGUCAACUCUUUAAAUCCUUACUUUAAAAUAUUACAUUAUGCACAGAUACAUUUUUAUUGUAAAAAAUUCGGGUUAAUUCAGAUGUAUAUAUGGUCAAAAGUCAUUAAAGGGCUUCUUUCACUCUCCUCAACUUUUCUUGUCAAAGAUAACCUUUGUCAGUAACUUGGUAUGCAACCUGAUAUCAGUCUAUAACUCAAGGCAUAUACCUUAAUAUAUUAAGGUACUAAUUGGUCGUAUUCAAUACUUUAUAUGCACCAAUUUUUUUUAAUUAAAAAAGAACAACACAGAAGAACAGCAUCUGUCAAGUUCAUUGUCCUAAAUUACUUGUUUUUGCUACUUGUUUUUUUUUUUUAAGGAAUAAAGCAAAAUUGAAGUCGCUACUGUAUAUUCAAAACAAUACAAAUAUAAAUAUUCUAUGCAUUUAAAAAAUUCACAAAAGUUACAUUACUCUUGGGCUUCCCUGGUGGCGCAGUGGUUGAGAGUCUGCCUGCUUACUUCAACUUGCUUUUUCCAUUCGAUAGCUAUUUGUUGUUGAUGUAUACAGAGUUUGUUCGUUCUGAAUAUUUAAAAUUUUCAUGUUUAAAAAAUACUUACUUUUAAAAUGAAAUAUUUAGGUUUGUGCGUUAGGAAAACUCAAGUUAACUGCAUUCUGAAAAAAUAAGUUCCUGAGAUUUCCUUUUAACAAUACUUUUGAAACACAGAUAACAUUACUUCCUGUCUCUCAGUUUCCUGUAUCCAUGGCAACCUCUGUUUUACACACUGAGUGUGGAGGAACCAAUGUGAAGAGUGGUGUUUCCUGAGCAAAUUGUGACUUAAAAAAAAAAAAGAGGUGGAGGGGUGGAGGUCAACAGUGCCACAAAAGAAAUGGAGUUUAGAAAUGUCGCUCUUCAGAUAUAGAAAGAAAACCUUUACUUGAAUCAGCUGAGUGUUAAUAAUAUGAAUUUCCUGUUCUUGCCAAUUUUGAUAUGAACAGAAAAACCAAGAACAGGGCUAUGUGUGGAGUACGUUUUUCUCUGCCUUGCCUACGACUGUUUCUACUUGUUACCUGUUAUCUUGUGUUAUUAUUCCAUAAAGAGAUACUUGGAUGUUCGUCUGUUUGCCAGCUCUGCACUGGGAAACAAAUUAACUGCCGUAACUUAGGCCUUUCAAGCAUUCCUAAGAAUUUUCCUGAAAGUACAGUUUUUCUAUAUCUGACUGGAAAUAAUAUAUCUCAUAUAAAUGAAAGUGAAUUAAUUGGACUUCAUUCUCUUGUAGCAUUGUAUUUAGAUAAUUCUAGCAUUGUGUAUGUGUAUCCAAAAGCUUUUGUUCAUUUGAGGCAGCUAUAUUUUCUAUAUCUGAAUAAUAAUUUUAUAAAACGCUUGGAUCCUGGAAUAUUUGAGGGACUUUCCAAUCUUCGUAAUUUAUAUUUACAGUCUAAUCAAGUAUCUUUUGUUCCAAGAGGAGUAUUUCAUGAUCUAGUUUCAGUUCAGUACUUAAAUCUACAAAGAAAUCGCCUCACUGUCCUCGGGAGUGGUACGUUUGUUGGUAUGAUUGCUCUUCGGAUACUUGAUUUAUCAAACAAUAAAAUUUUGAGGAUAUCAGACUCAGGCUUUCAACACCUUGGAAACCUGGAUUGUUUGUAUCUAGAAGGUAAUAAUUUAACAAAAGUACCAUCAAAUGCUUUUGAAGUUCUUAAGAAUCUUAAAAGACUUUCUUUGUCUCAUAACCAUAUUGAAGAAAUACAGCCCUUUGCAUUUAAAGGACUUGUCAGUUUGGAGUAUCUCCUCCUGAAAAAUUCAAGAAUUAAAAAUGUUACUAGGGAUGGGUUUAGUGGAAUUAGUAAUCUUAAACAUUUGAUCUUAAGUCAUAAUGAUUUAGAAAAUUUAAAUUCUGACACAUUUAGCUUGUUAAAGAAUUUAAUUUAUCUUAAGUUAGAUAGAAACAGAAUAAUCAGCAUUGAUAAUGAUACAUUUGAAAACAUGGGAGCAUCUUUGAAGAUUCUUAACCUGUCAUUUAAUAAUCUUACAGACUUACAUCCAAGGGUCCUUAAGCCAUUGUCUUCAUUGACUCAUCUUCAGGCAAAUUCUAAUCCUUGGGAAUGUAACUGCAAACUAUUGGGUCUUCGCGACUGGUUAGCAUCUUCAGCCAUUACUCUAAACAUCUAUUGUCAGAAUCCCCCAUCCAUGCGUGGCAGAGCAUUGCAUUAUAUUAAAUGGACUGACUUUACAAAUUGUGUUACAUCUUCAACAAAUGUAUCCAGAGCUUGGGCUAUAAAAUCUCUUCAUAUUCAUCACAAGACCACUGCAUUAAUGAUGGCCUGGCAUAAAAUAACCACAAAUGGGAAACAUUUGGAAAACACUGAGAGUGUUACUUUCUGGGAACGAAUUCGUACUUCACCUGCCAGUAGAUUUUUUCAAGAGAAUACCUUUGGUAAUCCAUUAGAGACUACUGCAGUGUUACCUGUGCAAAUACAGCUUACUUCUCCUGUUAACUUGAACUUGGAAAAAAACAGUGCUCUACCGAUUGAUGCUGCUUCGGUGUCAGGGAAAACAUCUGUAAUUUGUACACAAGAAGUUGAAAAGUUGAAUGAGGCUUUUGACAUUUUGCUAGCUUUUUUUAUUUUAGCUUGUGUUGUAAUCGUUUUUUUGAUCUACAAAGUUGUUCAGUUUAAACAAAAACUAAAGGCACCAGAAAACUCAGGGGAAAAUAGACUUGAAUACUACAGCUUUUAUCAGUCAGCAAGGUAUAAUGUAACAGCUUCAAUCUGUAACACUUCCCCAAAUUCUCUAGAAUGCCCUGGUUUGGAGCAGAUUCGACUUCAUAAACAAAUUGUUCCUGAAAGUGAGGCACAGGUCAUUCUCUUUGAACAUUCUGCGUUAUAAUUCAACUGAAUAUUGACUAUAAGAAAACCUCAGUGUCAUGGACAUGAAUAAAACUGAAGCAUCCUUAUAGAAUUAUAGACUUUAUUUGGAUAUAUAAUGAAUUAUAUGAGCUUAGCAUUAAUAAAUAUGUUUUUAAUAAUU